GAUGUAUACCGCCCAUUUAUCCGUUUGCCGAGAUAACAGGGUGGGAAACGGCCGUCUGGCCGGCAUCGGGUUUAGCCACUUUCCCAUCCCCUGUCCCCCAAGAGUCGAACGUCAAUCAUCACCCCGGUUAAGUCUAAGCCCUCUGACGAGCUUAGCGGCCCCAGGCAGCAGACCAAUAAAGUUAACGUUGAUCGCCCCCAUGUCUCCCGCCUUUUGCUCCCUCCCCAAUCACAAUGCUUCCCGAGGUCCCCACGUUUCCGCCAGAACACAUUCCCAUCGUCUCUCGUAAUUACUUAUCUUGAGCUGUUCGCCGUCGUUCCGACUUGUUUACUUCAUUCCCUUCUCUAACAUUUCCACGACUUGGCGUCGCAUCUGCCAAAGCAUCACACAUCGAUGAAGGAAAGCUCGUCUGACUCUGGCCCUUAUAUAGAUCGCAUACGCUCAUGGGCUAGAACGCACGCGCAUGGAGGUUCGAAACGACCCGACAACAGCACGCUGCCCUUGACCAACCCCCAAGCCUCCUCAUCACAGCACUCGCGUAACAGCGAGAAAGAUGCGGGCCGCGAUGGAUUCAACGGCGGUGUGUCCGUCGUCGAUCCUAGCAACCAGACAGAGAAGCCCCCGUCGCAUAACAGCAAUGCCGACAGUCCAGCUGGUGCGGCAUCUGAAACGACGGGGUCGGGGACUCUCGUAGACAACGGCGAACAGAAGAAGAAAGCUCCCGUCAUGCGUCGGUUCUACCUGACCAGCAAGAAAAUCGUCUUCCACAGCUGGAUCAAUCUGGGCUUGGUGUUUGUCCCCGUCGGCAUUGCCAUUGCCAAGGUCCCGGGCAUGCCCCCCGGCGCUGUCUUUGGUGUUAAUGCCGUCGCCAUCAUCCCCCUGGCUGGGCUUCUGAGCCACGCGACCGAAUCCGUGGCUCGUAAGCUUGGUGAUACCAUCGGCGCUUUGCUGAACGUCACAUUCGGUAACGCGGUAGAACUUAUCAUUUUCAUAAUUGCGUUGGUCAAAGGCGAGAUUCGCAUCGUCCAAGCCUCUUUGCUUGGCUCCAUCCUGGCGAAUUUGCUGCUCAUUUUGGGCAUGUCUUUUUUCCUGGGUGGAUUGCGUUUCCGAGAACAAAUCUACAACAGCACCGUUACUCAAAUGAGCGCCUGCUUGCUCAGUCUGAGUGUCAUCAGUCUCGUUCUGCCCACGGCCUUCCAUGCAUCGUGGAGCGAGUCGCACAAACUCGAAGCCGACGCCGAGUCACUCAAAAUUAGCAGAGGCACCAGUGUUAUCCUCCUGUUGGUGUAUGUCAUGUACUUGUUGUUCCAGCUGAAAUCGCACGCGUACAUGUACGAAUCCACACCACAACACAUCAUUGAUGAGGAGUCUACUCCUGGUCCUGCCGCUGCCUGGCUCGACAACUCCAGUUCGGACUCGAGUUCUUCAUCAGACUCGGACUCGGACGGAUCCAAUUCGUCCAACAACACUGUUUCUAAGCGCGUCAAGAGGGCCAUUCGCUCGAGACGCCGCAGAAAGUCGAGCGUAGCUUCGGUCGACACCGCUGAUGUACCCACCCGAACUCCGUCUUUCGGCACCAACAACGCUAGCCCCACCCAUGACGGUUCAAAAUCUGGCGAGUCUUCCAAUGGCCCAGGUAGUUUCUUCCCCCGGAUGAAUACCGAAGGUAGCGAGGAGGUAAUCGAAGAGGAGCCAGCGAAACGCCCCAGCAAGCGCCAUCGCAAGUACUCGAAACGAAAGCAUCACAAGCAUAGGAAAACCUCCCCCCCGCUGGACCCCGAUGGCAAUGCUGCAUCCACACCUGGCGAUAACGUUGGGGUGGUCGUGCCGCAGGAUCUCGCCACUGCCAGCCACAGCAACGGAGACUUGAUUACCCGUCGCGUCGAUUUUGCUGAUAGAAUCACCAAUCUCGAUGGGCCCGUCGACGGCGCCCCGACGGGUACCAAGCGGCCAUUCAAUAAUAUUCGUGGCCUGUCAUUCCUACCGGUCAAGAACUUGGCUCCGCCCGUCUUCGCUCAGACGCCUAAUGCGCAAGUAGCACUUGUAGGUGCCGCUGGGCCGGUGCCUCGCGUUCGAUAUGGCAUCCGCAGAACUAAUUCGCUCCCCGACAGACUGAACAACCAGUAUCAGUUUCGACCUCCCGGGGCGAUGUUACCCUCUCAGAUCCCCCCCUCGGCGCUGUCUGGCGAUGUGGGCGAGGCAGGUGAGGUGCAUGAUGACGACAUGUCCAGAACUGCUGCCAUCAUCAUGUUGCUUAUUUCCACGGCUCUGGUCGCCAUUUGCGCCGAGUUCAUGGUUGACUCGAUUAACGAAGUGGUCGCCACGACCGACCUGAAGGAAAUUUUCAUUGGUCUUAUCAUUUUGCCCAUCGUCGGAAACGCGGCCGAGCACGUGACGGCUGUGACCGUGGCAAUGAAGAACAAAAUGGAUCUUGCGAUCGGUGUGGCGGUCGGCAGUUCUAUUCAGAUUGCCCUCUUCAUUACGCCCCUUGUGGUCAUCUUGGGCUGGAUCAUCGACCAAGACAUGACAUUGUACUUCACCCUGUUCGAGACGGUGUGCCUCUUCAUCUCGGCCUUCAUCGUCAACUUCCUUGUUUUGGACGGCCGAAGCAACUACCUCGAGGGUGCUCUUCUGUGCGCUACCUACAUCAUUAUUGCUGUGGUGGCCUUUUUCUACCCGCAAGGCGAUGACGCCAGCGAAUGGGCUGGAAACCAAUCAACGCGGCGAUGAGAGAGUUAUGGCUACGACACCUACUCUCUUUAAUAAGUGGGCGUGGAUGAUGAUACUUCUGAUCACUGAUGGCGUACGCAGUAUGAGGUACGGUUUGGCAUUUUAGGAGCGCACCCAACUUGGCCCUAUGUGUAGGAUGGAGGGGACUCAGUACAUAUGUAUCUACGGCAGAUCUACAACACUGGCUGCAAUCCAUAACAAAUAGAACACGCUGGAGGCAUUACGGCCUGGGAAGCCGAUGAUGUCGGGUACACUUCAAAUUAUUACCUAACAUCCACCUUUAUGUACUUGGUACAUUUCCCCUGCGCUUCGAGUGAUAUCGAAAGUCAAAUCGCCC